UCAUUGUGAUUUGCACAACCAAACCUGUUUUAAGAGCAGGCCAGCAUGAAGAAUGUGAUAGUUGAGAAGCUCAGACUGUCACUGGAUCAUCAAGAUGAAAAUAAUUUGUGUUGUUUUUCUGCUUUUAUUAAAUCUAUCAAACUGCGUUGCACAGUCAGAAGGAAACUUUUUGAUGUAUAAUGUGGAUUCUAACAAAUGCAUGGCAAACUACCUGGACAGGCUUUAUAACUGCGACCCACUCGCUGGCUUACAACAGUUUCGCUGGAUUUCAAAGGAUCGCAUUUUGAACGUUUACACAAAGAAAUGCCUUGGAGUUGGUAGUAAGACUGUGGGUAAAAAGCUGCAGUGGUUGAUGUGUGAAGACAACAAUGUUUUGCAGAAGUGGGAAUGCCGGAGCGAUUCAUUGCUUCGACUAAAGAAUGAAUCUUUGUAUCUUUCUGUGAAUGAUAAUGGUGUGCCACUCAUCUCUAAAGACACUGGAACAAAGAGUCAAUGGACAAUUCAUGGAACAGAAAACAACAUUUGCUCUCGGCCUUAUGAAGAAUUAUACACAAUUGAUGGAAAUGCAUUUGGGCGUCCAUGCAACUUUCCUUUUCGAUAUGAGAAUAAAUGGUAUGCAGAUUGUACCAGCGAGCAUGCCAAAAGUCCAUGGUGUGCAAUUGAGUCUGAUUACAGUGUUAACCAGCUGUGGGGCUACUGCCCAACACCUGACAAUACGCUCUGGUCCAAAAAUCCUCUGACAAAUGUCUAUUACCAGCUAAACGAUAAGUCGGCGCUGACAUGGCAUCAAGCAAGAAAGAGCUGCCAGCAGCAGGGUGGAGAGCUCCUGAGUGUUUCUGAGCCUCAUGAACACACCUUUGUUACAGGAAUGAUUCGAAAUGCACAAAUAUCACUAUGGACAGGACUGAACAAAUUAGAUGGGUCCAGUGGAUGGCAGUGGACCAAUGGACAGCCUUUACGUUAUCUGAAGUGGCACAGUGGAUACCCAACAACACAACCAGGCCAGAGCUGUGGUGCUCUGAAAGCACCUCAUGGUUCUGAAUGGACAAAUGAACUUUGUUCAGAAAAGUAUGGAUACGUCUGCCAAAGAGGGCACUCUGUUUCCACCGUUCCACCUGUGGUGCACACCGGCUAUUGCCAAAGCCCAUGGAUUCCAUAUUCAGGCCACUGUUAUCUCCUCCAUCGCAACAAGAAAACUUGGUUGGAGGCUCGAGAUACCUGUCAACAGGAAAGAGGAGACCUGCUGAGCAUCCUGAACACAGAAGAGCAAAGCUUUGUCAUCACGCAACUCGGAUACCGAAAGACGGAUGAGCUGUGGAUCGGUUUCAAUGAUCGUAAAACUCAAAUGCUGUUUGAGUGGAGUGAUCAGUCCAGCGUGGCGUUUGUCCCAUGGGAAGUGGGAGAGCCAAGUCACAACGCUCUCCAUAAGGAAGACUGUGUUUUAAUGAGAGGGGAGGAGGGAAAGUGGGCAGAUGAAAUCUGUGAGCACAAGCGUGGAUUCAUCUGUAAGAAGAAAACCAGCUCCACAGCCUCAAAAAAUGACACGGUUAUUACAAGUCCAGGCUGUAAACCCGGUUGGACCAGGUAUGGGUACUACUGUUACAUGGCAGCAUCCGAGACAAAGACCUUUGAAGAGGCAAAACAGAUGUGUGUUAAAGAUGGCGCUCAACUGGUUGAUAUCACAUCCAGGAUAGAAAAUGCAUUCUUGAUUAGUUUUGUUGGAGCACGACCGGAGAAGUAUUUCUGGACAGGGCUGUCCAAUCAAAGGGAUCGACACACUUUUGAAUGGACAAACACUAAGAAAGUUCCAUAUACUCAUUUCAACACUGGAAUGCCAGGAAGAAAGCAAGGCUGUGUUGCCAUGACGACUGGAAUGCUUGCCGGACUUUGGGAUGUGCUGAGUUGCUCGAAUAAAGAGAAAUACAUUUGCAAGCAAGCAGCUGAGGGAGUGGUUACAACUCAAGCGCCACCGACCUCCGCACCUCUGAAAUGUAGUGAAGAAUGGGUACCAAUUGGAUCUAGAAACCUUUGUGUCAAGUUUUUUGAUGUAGCCUCCAACCAAAGGAAGACUUGGAAUGAAGCUCUUGACUUCUGCCGAGAGUUAGGUGGAGAUCUCCUGAGCAUCCAUCAGGAGACUGAUGUUCCUUGGUCACAAGGAAGUAUGUACGCUGCAUGGGUUGGUUAUAGUAUUCAGGAUCCUGCUGUGGGUUAUGUGUGGAGUGAUGGUUCUGCGUCAUCUUAUCAAAACUGGGCCAGUGAUGAACCAAACAAUUUAAACAACAUUGAAAAUUGCGUAGAAGUUGAAGUUUCAUGGUGGGACCGUAAUAUUUGGUGGAAUGAUGUGACUUGUCAAGACAAGAAAGAAUGGUAUUGUCAAAUCCAAAAAGGAAAGACCCCAAAGCAAGUAAAUAUUACAGAAAUAGAGUAUAAUACGACCGAGGAUGGCUGGAUUGAAUUUAAAGGGAAUCAAUAUUAUGUGUCUUCAUACUCAUCUGUCUCUGUGAAUGAGGCAAGGAAAAUUUGCAAGCAAGGACAUGGUGAUCUUGCGGUUAUCAAUGAUGAGGAAGAGCGUGUGUUCAUCUGGCAUCAGGCUAAAGACAUGCACACUGAUGUUAUUAUUGGUUUGGCUGUUGAUUUGGAUGGGUCUUACCAAUGGAUAGAUGGCUCCCCUGUAGUGUUUGAAGCUUGGGAAGCAAAUCAGCCGGCGCUCUUGAACAGUGAGGAAAGAUGUGUGAAGAUGACCAUAACUCAAGGACUCUGGGAAACUGUCAACUGUGGUGAUGAGUGGGCAUAUGUUUGUAAGCGAAGUGAAGCUCCUCCGGUCAAUGCCACAGUGGCCCCAACAAAAGAACCAAAAGGAGGUUGUACUCGAGAGUGGAAACAAUUUCAGACAAAGUGCUACAUGAUAAGAGAAGACACAAAAACAUGGAAAGAAGCGAGAGAAUACUGCAGAGAUCUAGGUGGAGAUCUGGUAUCUGUCAUGAAUGAACAACAACAAGCCUAUUUUACAACAAUGCUACCUGAUAAAACUACAGACCUUUGGAUUGGACUCAGCAAUCUGGCAAAUGGAAGGUUCAAGUGGACAGAUGGAAGUAGUGUGGAAUUCACACAUUGGGCCAGAGGAGAACCACACACGUAUCAUUGGUUUGGGUAUCAUUGGACUAAAUAUGUGUCUUCAAGCGAUGAGGAAUGUGCUGUUAUUGGACAUGGUUCGAGUUUUGACUUUGGAAAAUGGGUGGCAACCGACUGUAAUGCAACUCACGGUUUCAUCUGCGCCCGUGAUAUUGAUCCUGCAUUGACCUCAGUGCCGUUUGAAUUUCCUGACACUUUUGUGAAGAUGGGAAAUUCAUCGCUUAAAGUGAUUAGAGAGAACCAAACAUGGGAUGAGGCAAACCGCCGGUGUGAGUCGCAUGGCGCUCAUCUGGUCAGCAUUCGGAGCUCAAUUACACAAGCUUAUGCCCAGUUACAGAUCUUCAGAACCCAGCAGCCCAUUUGGAUCGGUCUUAACAGUGUAAAGACAAAUGGUUACUUUUUAUGGAUAAAUAACUGGCACAUGAAUAUGGAAAAAUGGGCCUUUGGUGAGCCACGGCCAAACCGCCCUUGUGUUUACAUGGAUGUAAAUGGACAAUGGAGAACAGCCUUCUGCAAUAAAACCUUUCACAGUAUCUGUGAGCAGUCAACAGAGAUUCCUCCCACACCUCCGGCACAGUAUCCCGGACAGUGUCCCGAAUCAACAGAAGAUAGCCCACUGAGGUGGAUCCCGUUCAGAGACAGCUGCUAUUCUUUUGUAAGAGACCCCCAGCCAUGGGGCAGAGCCUCACGAAUCUGUCUGACAUGGGGAGCAUCACUUGUAAGUGUUAUGGAUGAAGCAGAGGAUACGUUUUUACAAAACAACAUCUUGAUGCUGGAAAAUCACAAAGAUUAUUGGAUAGGUCUUUUCCAGACCUUUAAAGGACACUUGUUAUGGACGGAUGGCAAUGUGGUAGAUUACACUAACUGGGAACCUAAAGAAAAUUAUGUUGAUGAAGAAGAACAUUUUGAACGAUUUUUUGACAAUCCCUCUUGUACAUAUAUCUUUGGCGACACUAAAAAAUGGCGAAAAAAGCAUUGCGAAUAUGCCUACCUACCAUAUAUCUGCAAAACAGCCAAAGUAAUAUAUCCAACACUUAAGGCUCCAGAUAAAGGUCCUGAACCUCAUAGGGUUUAUACUGGAUUGGCAGUGUUCUUGUCCAUUGCAGGGUUGGGUGUAUUAGGACUCCUUGCUUACAUUUACAUCUACAAAGGUCCAAAAAGACUUUCUUUGCCUACAUUUGAAAAUCCCUUAUAUAAUAACACGGAGACAUCUCGUUCUAGAAGUAAAGACUCCAGAGCGUUGAUUGACAACAUUGAGAUCGCAGAAUAGAUCUGUCUUUCAUGCUGCAUGAAACCUUCAUAUGUUUAUACUGUCUCAGUGCUGCUCAUUGUCUAAAGCAUUUGGUGAAAAUUCACAAAGUAUGACUAUCUAAUAGAUUAAUCUGCUUAUUACACAGCUACUUACAGUACAACAUACAGUAACUAAGUACAUGAACAUACAUAUUGAGUUGAUAAUUAUUUUGUAAAAAACUUAAGAGACUGUGGCCGUCACUCUUAAUAAAUUGAAAUAAAAAGGUACACGUAAACUUUAUAGGCCAAAUUUUGCUUCGAGUGUCAUCUUCUAUGGAUCCACACAAAGGAAAAGAUGCCACCCAGCAUCUGAAGUUUUAGAUAUUAUGUAAAUUCAAAUCAUAAAGCAUUUUCUUUUUUAAAUUCUUAUUUUAUGCAGAUGUCAUAUACUGAAUGUGUAUUUAUAAUGUAGUGUUAAAUGCUUCAGAGCAUUAUUUCUUGACUGCUUUUAAGUAGUGAAUAAAAAAAUGAGAACUACUGUA